UCCACCUCAGCCAUGUGACUGGGUGCCGUGAUACAUAAAACCAAUGUGUAUUUGACCCGUGGCUUCGUCGCUCUCGUCUCACUCGUCACAGGCUCGCUGCCCACUGUACAUCAUGUUCAACGUGCUUGCUCUCACCCUGCUCGGCGCUGCCGUGGUCUACGGACAGAUUCCUCACCACUGCUUCUCUCCACCUCAGCUCACGUUCCGUGCUAACCAGUACAACCAUGAGUUUACCACCUUCCGACGAUUUGAUGCUGAGUACGACGCUAUGGCAGAGAAAAUUGCUUUCGACGAGGUAGAACAAUCUGGACCCCAGCCCGGCAGACAGUACCUGAAGAUCAUCAUCUUGCACAGAGAGAACCUUGCCUUCGAGUACAACCGUCAGACCAAAGUCUGCAAGAAGUUCGAUGCCGGCAGAUUCUUCCCAUUCGCCGUACCUGAGAACGCCACCUUUGAGGCUGAGUUCAUCGUGGGCGGGCCAGGAGAGGAGGUCGAGGGUGUUGAAUGGUCAGACAGGAGCUCCACCAGACGUGAGGAAUGGAUCGGUGUGUUCAGCCGCAUCAACUGCUACCCACUCCGCUCCUUCAUCGUCAACACAAGCACCAACGAGACCCUGACCACCCUCUACUACGACUUGGUCCAAGGACUGGUUGACCCCAACUUUUUCAUCCCACCCCCCGAGUGCCUGCAGGCCACCCACAAGGACGAACCCAGCUCACUGUUCAAGAGUCUUAGAUCCACCUACACCCGCCGUUUUGAUUAGGCUAUAAACACCACCCAAAAUUUAGCUGCAUAUACUCAUUUGUGUGCCAAAUAACCUGGGUUCAAAUUUACUUGUAGAUUUGGUCACAGGUUACAUAUGUAAUGUUUCAAAAUAACUUUCAUAUUCAGUAAAGUGAAUAUUUUUUAAUACCA